AUGUCACAACCAAUAGCAGUGGACAUUAUCUCCGACGACGAUGAUCAGGACACAAGCAACGACGUCGCGUCGACUCCGCUCCCAAAGCAAUUCAAGAAACCAAGAACAAACUCGAAUUCCCAUCCACAAAGCCCUCCUAUCUUCGUCAUCGACGAUGACCCAACUCCUCGCAAACAUUCGGUGGGUACUACCUCCACCCCGUCGUUUGUCGCCGAAACCCCGACUUCCGAGUCGCCGAAAUCGGAAGUUUCAGUCGUCAAAUGCAAUACUGAAGGUGUUUUGAAUACCCAGCUUAGGCCUUGUUUUAUGUCUGAUCAUAAACCUUCUGUAAAAGCCAAUAUAAAAGAUGUCACAAAGAUAAGUGUGGCUGAGGUGGUGUCUUACAUUAGGGGUAGUGGUGUCAAUUCAGCUUUGAAACCUGAAUCAAUGUUAUUGGCAGCCAAGGCCAUUUCUCCUAAUCCAUCUUGCUCCUUCGCAGGUAUCAAUGGAUUGAUAUGCUUGGAGUCCGAUAAUGACUCUGAAAAUGGUUCUAUGAAUGAAACGUGGAAGCAGAAUGAAACAAUGUUGAAUUCCAUAGAAUUGACAAUUCCCCUUGUUGCAAAGGAUUCCAAUUUGAGCUCUAGAUAUAUCGAGUCCAGAUUGCCAUCUGAUGCCUUUAGGGAAGUUACACAAGAAAUUUUAACGGGGAAUGUUCAUGUAGCGCAAGUGUUCGGGUAUAGUUUUUCACAUCCAAAUUCAUCUGAAGAUGAUAUUGUUCAGUUGCUUUCUGAGUCAUUUAAGGACUUCAAGCUUUUGGUGGUUGGUGUUAACUUCCUCACUAUUGAAGUGCUCUUUGCCAUUGCUUACUAUCACAAGGUACCUUAUUGUCCGGAGCAAGAAAUUGACAGGCUGGAGCUGAUAGAUAAUGUCUUGAGACCGAAAGGAAGAAAAAAACAACAGAAGGAACAAGAAAAGUUGCAAAAAGAAGUUCUGAGGGCUGAAGCUGUGGAGAUGAAAAAACUACAAAAAGAAAGGCAAAAGUGGGAAAAGGGGAAGUUUGCUUUAAAAUCAAUUGUGGCUGAAAUUGACCCUAAAAUAGUUGAACUGGGUUCAGUUGGAGGCACGGCCUUUCUAUACACUGCCUAUAUUUAUUUCUGCAAUUCAAUAUCCAUUUCUGGGUUGUCUGGAGAGUUGAUUCGUGUUACGGAGUUGAAUUGUUUUGGAUUGUUUGCUUGCAGAUUCAAUAGAGGAAGGAGGAUGGGUUUGAUCAUUCCAAAGGGUGUUGAAGGAAAAGGAUGGAAAUCUUUUCAGAGAUUGUUUGAAAAGGACUCUAGUACUAUCGAAGGAAUGCAGUUAUCUCUAGAGAGUUCGAGAAAUGGACAUUUGUUGUGUCGUGAGGAACAGAUGAGGAUGUUGGGGGAAGGUUUUAGCAAAUUGGGUACAUUGCUCGCGAAGUUGAAGACGAUGAAAAGAGGGAUAGAGGAACGUGGCAAAAAUAUAUGUAUGAGUGUACACAAGUUAGGUGGAAAUAAGGAUAACAAUAGCAAAGAUAUGACUAUUGGGAAUGUGCUAAAACAGAUUGUUAAUGACGUUUAA